UGAAGAUUGUGCCCAUUGGUCCUUGGACAGGCCCUCGCCCUGCCCGCUGGGGGCACUCGGGGUGUUGCCAAGUGUGAGUAUUGUUACCGCAUUGCGGGGGGAAACUGGAUGGGCUGGUUUGGCAGGGGCCAGUGAUGGGAGCUUUCACUUCCCCGUCACCGAUCUCAGCCCAGCCCGAGGCCAGUUCUUAGUGGACAGGAGUUCACGUUAUAACUCACAUUAAUGGCAACCACAGGGAGACCAAGACCUGCAUGGGCCGCAGGGAGAGAGGUUCCAGCAGGGGUCAGGGCUGAGCCAUGUCAGCAGCACCGUGCGGGGCUCACACAGCCGCUGGGAUGUCCUCGUACCCCACUCAGUGCAUGGAGCUCCAGCUGCCAGGGUUGGAUGUGACUCUGGAUCCCAGCACAGCAAAUCCCUACCUCGUCCUGGCUGAGGAUCGGAAACGUGUGACACACCGAGACGAGCGCCAGGAUCUGCCUGACAAUCCGGAGAGAUUUGAUACUAUGGCGGUUGUCCUGGGCGCUGAGGGAUUCACGGGCGGGAGACGUUACUGGGAGGUGGAGGUUGGAGAAAAGAAUCUCUGGACUCUGGGGGUCUGUAGGGAAGCUGUGCGCAGGAAGGGGCAUAUUCUAUUUCUACCGAAGAAUGGAUACUGGACAAUAUGGCAGCAUGCUGGGCAAUGCGAGGCCAAUGCCUCCCCCCCGACCUUGCUGUCCGUGAGCGUCAGGCCCAGAUGGGUGGGGAUUUUCCUGGACUAUGAGGCGGGCGAGGUCUCCUUUUACAAUGUGACUGACAAGUCCCAUCUCUUCACUUUCACUGACACCUUCUCUGGGGUUCUCCGCCCUUAUUUCAACCCUGAAAACAAUAAAGGGGGCACAAAUAGGUGUCCCCUGAUAAUCUGCCCAGUCCCAGCUCAGGCUGGAGGGAGUCUCUGUGCCAGACAGUGACACCCGCAGCAGAGACUGUCCCCUCCCAGCACUGACCAGCCCCCAGGCCUUUCUCCUGGGGGGGGGAAGGGCAUUACCUGCCUUUCUCCUGCCAUCCCUCCCCUCUCAGUUCCCAGCAUCAGGAAUAUUGGCAACCAAGCAGCCCUAGAGGGGGGAGCUGGCUGCAGGGGCAGAGGGGUGUGUGGGUGCUGUGCCCAAGGGUGGGAAGGAGGCUGCAGCAGCAGGGAGGGAAAAGCCCAGUUCACAAGAUGUGCAGGGUGGGGGAGAUGAGAGAGGUCUAUAAAAUCCUGACUGGUGUAGAGAAAGUAGAUACAGAAGUGGUGUUUACUACUUCUUCUAACACAAGAACUAGGGGUCACCAAAUCAAAUGAAGAGGCAGCAGGUUUAAAACAAACCAAAGGCAGUAUUUCUUCAUACAACGCACAGUCAACCUGUGGAACUCCUCGCCACAGGAUCUUGUGAAGGCCAAGAUUAUAAAAGGGUUAAAAAAGAACUAGAUAAGUGUAUGGAGGUCAGGUCCCUUAGGGGCUAUUAGCCAGGCUGGACAGGGAUGGUGUCCCUAGCCUCUGUUUGCCAGAAGCUGGGAAUGGGUGACAGGGGAUGGCUCACUGGAUCAUUACCUGUUCUGUUCAUUCCCUCUGGGGCACCGGGCAU